CGCGUGGGAAGAGGAAGGCGAGAGCUGCCCCUGUGAGGAAGCGGAGAGGUGGCGGCGAGGGGCGGGCGAGACGAAGCCCCCUGGGCGGCAGUGAGGGACGAGGGGAGCAGGGGGGCUCCACCCAACCGCGAGGCCACCUGCCAAUACCGGUGGGACGGCGCCGUUUCCUCCCGGUCCCUUCCCGCUCCCCUCCGCUCACCCGGCGACGGCGUCUCCGAGCAGGCACAGCAGCAGCAGCAGAAGCCCGCCGAGGGAGCGGGGUGACAUGGCGGGAUGGGGGGGUCUCUUCGAGCAGGUUCCAAGCGCGCCCCCUCCUCGGCUCCUCUCACACGCCGGUAACCAUAGGCACGCACCAAAGAGAACCCGGUGAAGCUAACCGCCCAAUCAGGCUCCGACUCGGCGCGCGCCGCUGGCCAAUCACAACCGCACACUUCACCCGCGGCCCGGCUACAGCUGCCCAACCAGACUUCGAGACGUCAACAAAUAGGGACGGGGCGAAGCCGCGCGUCGCUGCCUUAAAGUGUAGCGUUGGGGCGUUGCGAUGUCACGAGCGGGCGCCUUCUGGGACGGGUCAGAAUCGCAAGCAGCUUGACGGCGCCUUCAAGAAGGGACUUCCUACUUCCUUUCCCUGCGCUUAAAUUCUUUUAUAAUUAUUGUUAUUGUUAUUAUUAUUAUUACUCAUUGUUUUGCCUGCGGCUCCUUAUGGAUGGUUUGCAGCAAACGGAAGGACUUUAAAAGUUAUUAUUAAAAAAAUCAAUCGUGAGGAUGAUCGAAAUGAAUGACAAUCAAAACGUCAAGCGAAUGCCAUUUUCAGUUUUCCUUUAAAUGCCUUGGGGAAUUGGGGAGCGCAUUAUCCCCAGAUCUGUGUUCUUUCCUGUUUCUUCGGGAGUUGCCCCAACAACAGCUUUGCGGUGCCUAAAGAAUUAACAAAUACGUUCAUGCCAUAAAUUGUAUACUAGACAGUUCACUGCCAGAUACCUGAAGUGUUAUCGUCGGUUGGGGCAGAUAAAUUAACAUCGGCAUAUGUGUGCGAGGUGAGGGGAUCAAAGCAGGGGGGUCAAAUAGCAGAGAAAUGUAAGAAUCUGACGAUUCCUCCCCUCCGCAGGGGGCGCAGUUCCUUCCGCUUGGCCUCUCCGGAGCAUUCGAACUGGAAUACUACACAUUUUUAGCGGAAGUGCUGGAAGCUAGUAAGCGGAGGCGGCGGCUGUUGCUCUUGCCACUUGCCAGAGAUUCGCAAUGACGGCCCUGCCGCUCUAGGCGAGCAUUUCUCUCUCUCGAAGGUGCCUUGGGUGAGUGUUCUAUCUGCGGCUGGCAUCCCGAUUCGUCUGUGCGCAGGCGCAGUGGUGGGCGGAGGCCGCGGGCUUUCGAAAGUAGCUCGGUCGGCGCAGCCUAGUCGGGAAAGGCGCCGACGGAGGCGCGCAGGUAACGGGAGGCGGGCGGGAGUUUCGUUCCUCAGCCUGAGGCGGGCUGUCGGGCCCCACCUCCCAGGCGGGGAAACGCCACAGGCUGAGGGCGCACUUUUCCCUUCUCCCCUGUUUCAGAGGUUGGAGCCGUCCUCCGCCUCCUCUUCCUCCCUCUUGCUUUGGAGCAGGCAUCCCCAACCUUUGGCCCUCCAGAUGUUUUGGACUACAAUUCCCAUCAUCCCAGACCGCUGGUCCUGUUAGCGAGGGAUCAUGGGAGUUGUAGGCCAAAUCAUCUGGAGGGCCGCAGGUUGGGGAUGCUUGCCUUGGAGCCUUUCAUGAGAAAAUAGGGGUCGCCCUUUGAUUCGCUCUUCCCCUCAAAAAGCGGGACUUUCAAAUGCACGUGGAAGGGAGAAACUUGCCGCCUUGCUCCUGCUGCACUUGACAGGAAGCAGGCAUAGUGGGCUGGGGCUUCACUGGAGUGCCCCCCCGUUACUUGUCAGAGAGGGAAAAUGUGCCGGUGUUGACUGAGGGAGCAGCGGGAUGCAGUGAGGAAACCUCUCUCCUUAUACAGUGAUACCUCGGGAUGCGAACGGGAUCCGCUCUGGAGCCCCGUUUGCAUCCCGACGCGUCUGCGUUUCGCCACUUCUGUGCAUGCACGUGACGUCAUUUUGAGCAUCUGCGCAUGCGCGAGCGGCGAAACACAGAAGUAACACUCUCCAUUACCUCCGGGUUGCCGCGGAGCGCAACUUGAACACGCUCAACCCGAAGCACAUUCAACUCAAGGUAUGACUGUACUAGGGAAUCAGCUAGAGGACAGAGAUUUUCAACUGGUGGGUGGGAAUUGCGGUCUGGGACGAGCUGGGUCUCAUUGGUUUCAUUAAAACCGUUGCCAGUUACGCUUCAGCUGUGGCUCUUCUCAGAGUGGCAUACUAAGCAAAUGGAUAAAAACACAAUUAAAACAUGAAUGUUGGGGAAAAAAAUUUAACCCCCCCCCCGGAAAUAAGAAAUGAGAAGGAAGUUUGAAAGGUGGGGUGCUAUAACUGGAAAGCCUCAAUCUCCUUUUCCCCACCUGCCUUAACAGUAACAUGUUUUCUUGGAACAAAGAGUUGCAGGGUGAAAUUUGAGGUAGUAUUUUUUUAUUUAAAUGAAUAAUAAUAAUAAAAAUCAAUGGGGGGUGGGGGACACACAUGACCUAGGGGAACUUGGAAAAGACCCAUAAAAAAACUUUGCAAACACAAGUAUGAUAGCAUUCUGUCCUGCUGCCUAUGGUAACUAGCACAUAGAGGAAGAAAUUUGUAUGCAAAGCAGCAGGAAGACUGUUGAAAAUAAAGUUUGGGGCUUUAGAAAUAAUGAAAGCUGGUAAGAUUUAAUUGGCCUGCUUUAUGGAGUCUGGGCAACAGGAAGUAAGUCUAUCGUAAUAUUAUCUGGCUUUGAGGCUAUGUAGUAGUACAUGACUCUACUGUGCCUUUUGCUGCCUUGAAUAGAGAUGCCGUUAUUGAAGAGUUCCCUAUAUUGAGUGAGCUGCUACAGUAGAAACUCCUGAGCGUUUUCCUCUUAUGUACUGUAUUCCAUCUGCUCCCUCAUUUGCAUGAGCAAAGACAUAUACAAAUAGGAGUGUCUAAUGUGAAUAAGAGAAUGGUUUGCCCAAGCUUCCUGCUGUUCCUGCUGAGGAGGAGGGAUUAAAGAGCCAAUGUUGUGUGCCUUUGAACUUUGACUUAAUUCAAAAUACAGCUUUAGCUAAAAAUAUUUGCCGGUUGGGGCUAUAUGGCACCCAGUGACUGGCAGGACCCACUCAAUAUAUUUGAAAGUUUAAUUUCUAAAUAGUCAUUUCUGUGUUAUGUAGAAUGAGUGUGUGCAUACGGUUUGGGACUGCAAAUGUUUAAAUAUAGGAUAUUGAGCAAAAAAGAAGGCAUAAUAGAAGGGGGAAAUAGACUAUUGACUUCCUUGCAAAAAAGUUUGAUCUGAAAAUAUGGAAAUGUGUAUUAUUAUUUUUUAAUGGUUGAACUAACUUCUUAUUUUCAUUUUCUUGAAAAUAUAGAUGUGAGUUUUGUGGAUGGCAAACAUGGAUCAAAUCAGUGUCAAUCUCUGGGUGAAAAUGGAACCUUUUAUAGUGGGAGCCUUACAAAUCCCACCUCCCUCCAAGUUUAGCAUGCAUUAUCUUCGGAAGAUGUCAACUUAUGUCCGGAUGCGCUCCAGUGAAGGCUAUUAUCCACACCUUUCUUGGCCUAUGUGGCGACACAUUGCCUGUGGGAAGCUGCAGAUAGAAAAGGACUUGGCUUGGCUAUACUUUGAAUUAUUUGACAGUCUUGUUGAACGGACUUCAGAGGAGCGACUGGAAUGGGCAGAGGUGAUAUCCAGCUGUGCAACUGAGGAGGAGGCAGAGAAGCAGAAGAAUAAGGCAUGGAAUGUCAUAUUGUCACUUUUAAUACUAUGGGUGUAUACUCUUCAUAGCAGCCUUACCGACCCAGGCUUCUCAUGCACUCAGUGUGGAAGAAAUGCCCCUGCCCAAGUACAUUACAUGCUGCAUGUGAGCCACAAUCCAAUAUGAGGUUAGCUGUUGGGCCACUGUAAUUCUAGUUGUUAAGAAAAUUAGCAGUGGUCUGCCUUUUUCUUUUCCACUUCACUACAUGCUGCUAAAUAUAAAAUAAGAACUCCUGCUACAUUAUGUACUUGAAUGUUCUUUAAAAUAAACCUUUUUUUAAUCUCUGCUCAGUUGUCUGUGGACACUCUACAGUUCCUGCUGUUCCUUUAUAUUCAACAACUAAACAAGGUUUCCCUGAGAACAUAUCUACUUGGAGAUGAGUGGCCGAAUCCUAGAUCCAAGAAUUACAGUCUGACUGGAGAAUCCACCAAUCAGAUUAAGGUAUUGCUUUGAGGUUCUUUGAGUUCUUCUUUCAUCCAUGCUUUGGUAACCAUUAGGUUAAAUUGCUGCAAUGUGUUAUAUGCAGGGCUGCCUCUGAAGAUGGUUUGGAAACUUCAGCUAGUGCAGAAUAUGGCAGCCUGGUUGUUCAUUGGGCAAGAUGGUUUUAGCAUAUCACACUGUUCCUGCUGACUGAACUGGCUGCCAAUUCAUUUCUGGGCCCGAUUCAAAGUGCUGUUUUUGACCUAUACAGUGGUACCGCUGGAUGCGAACGGGAUCUGUUCUGGAGCCCUGUUUGCAUCCUGAAGCGAACGUAAAACACGAGUGCGUGGGUUGCAUUUCGACGUUUCUGCGCAUGCGUGUGACGUCAUUUUUAGCAUCUGUGUGAGUGGCGAAACCCAGAAGUAACGUGUUCCGUUACUUCCGGGUCGCCGCGGAGUGCAACCCGAAAAUGCUUAACCUGAAGCGUAUUCAUCCCGAGAUAUGACUGUAAAGCCUUAAACAGCUCAGGACUGCAAUACCUCAAGGAUCGCCUCUCCCCAUAUGAAUGGACCUGGACCCUGUGAUCAUCAUCCAAGGCCCUUCUUUGUGUGCCUCCAUGAGAUAUCUGGAGGGUAGCAACACAAGAAUGGCCCUUAUCUGUGGUGGCAGCUCCUGGUUUGUGGAAUGCUCUCUUCAGGGAGGCUUGCUUGGUACCUUUAUUACAUAGGCUUAGGUGUCAGGUGAAAAUGUUUCUCUAUAACCAGGCAUUUGGUUGACUAACAUUCUAUGGCCUUUAAAAUGUGUUUGUGGGAGGGGGUUAUUGAAUUGUUUUUGUUUUAUUAUGUAUUUUGUGUUCUCAUUUUGUAUUUUUAUGUUGUGAACUGCCCUGUCAUCUUCGGAUGAAGGGCAGUAUUCUAUUAGAACCACCACCACCUAGGAUUUUGUUUGUGUGAAUGUCCAUUCUGUAUCUGAUAUUUUUCUGUUUUUAUUCAUAAGAACUGGAAUGACAACUAUCAGCAAGACUUUAUCCAGAACCAUCUCCAGGAUCUUCUCGAACUGUUGCUGGACCCAGAUCAGCUCACUGCCUCCUCACAUUCUACCCACAAUAGCCUGAUGUCACCUGAGGCUGUUCGCGCUCUUGGCUUCCUUAUUGAAGGAUGUGUGAACAGAAACAGUACUGUCCACCCUCUGCAUGCGCUUGCACUCUGGCAGCCAUUACAUGCAAAGAGUGGCUACUCAAAGAUCUCCAAAGCCUUCUCCUUCCCCAAGCUUGAGUCCUGGCUGAGGGCUUGUCUGACUGGGAACCCAUUUGGAACAUCAGCUUGUCUCAAGUCUGGGAAGAAACUUGCAUGGGCACAGCAAGGUACCGUUAUUUCAGGCCAUCAAACCUUUGGCACAAGCAUGACAUCUCCCUUUUCUCUUGCUGUUAUAAAAUGGCUUCUUUCACUUUUUUUAAAAGCAGUGUUUAAUUUUAUUCUUGCAGUUGAAGGAACAACCAAGCGAGCUAAGAUAGCCUGCAAUACUCAUAUGGUCCCUUCAGCACACCGCAUCGUUGUGAUGAGCCAAGUUUACAAGCAAACACUGGCAAAAAGUUCAGGUACCCUAGAAGAUACGCACGUGAAGAUUCAUCGCUGCUGUGAAUCCUUCAUCUAUUUGCUUUCUCCCCUGAGGUGAAAGAGCUUUCACCAGUCAUUUUUUGCAACCACAUUUAGAAGCUAUGUGACCAUUUUUGUUGUGUUAUUUUGCUCCAGCAUUAAUUGGCUGCUUUCCCUUCUUCCUCUUUCAGAUCUGUGACCAUAGAGAAGUGCAGGAAUAGUACCUUUGUACUUGGCCCAGUGCAAACAGUAGUUCACCUCCACAGCUGCGACAAUGUCACACUUAUUGCUGUUUGCCGCCGUCUGUCUCUGUCAUCAACCACCAGUUGUACCUUGCAUGUUCUCACCCCAACUAGACCUCUCAUCUUACUGGGGAACCUAGCAAUAACUUUUGCCCCCUUCCAUACGCAUUAUCCAAAGCUUGAGGACCACAUGGGCAGGACUGGCCUGGCUACCGUGCCUAACUAUUGGGAUAAUCCAAUGUUAGUAUGUAAAGAGAACUGUGAUCGAAAUGUCUUCAGACUCCUCCCACCGUCAGAGUUUUACCCCUUUGUUGUCCCAUUUGAAAUGGAAGGAGACACCACAGAAAUACCUGGUGGGCUGCCACCUGCUUACCAAAAAGCACUGAGUCAACGAGAACAGAGAAUUCAUAUCUGGCAGAAGACCGUGAAGGAGGCGGGGCUGACCAAGUAAGUAAACAACCUUCUUCCAGGUAGGAAGAACCAGCUGCAGCAGCAGAUAAGAAUGUAGCAGUGUUAACAGAUAAAAAGAUUGCUAUAUGUAUGUUGCUCAAGUAUAUAUUCACAAUUUCUGCAAGACAGCUACAAACCAUUUGCUAAUCUUUUAUAAGUUAUAAACUUGUUAGCUAAUGCUUUUUAAACUGACGAAACUGAGAAAAACACUACAUUGAUGCUAAACAUGCUGUGUAUCCUGCUACCAUUUCUCUAAAAGUACUGCACAGAUGUGCAAGUAAAUUUUCAUUGAAUUGACACCUAGAUGGGAUUGCUUGGAUAUGAUGUUUACUGUCUGAUUUGCUCUCGUAUAGCUGCAAUCCUGUGCACGUUUACUUGGGAAUAAGAUAACUGAACACAAUGGGGCUUAAUUCCAAAUAGAAAUGGAUAGGAUCAGGCUGCAUGUCUCAACAUCUUUUGGCCUACAUCCUAACCAAUGGAGCCAUGGUAGACCUACUUGGUCAGGCAUGUCCUUUGUCCAAGCUUUAAGAAUGGUAUUGUCUUCCAGAAGCACCCCAAACCUAUACAGUGGUGCCCUGCAAGACGAAUGCCUCACAAGACGGAAAACCCGCUAGACGAAAGGGUUUUCCGUUUUCAAUGCGCUUCGCAGGACGAAUUUCCCUAUGGGCUUGCUUCGCAAGACGAAAAUGUCUUGCGAGUCUUGAGGUUUUUUUUUUGCUCCCCCCCCCUUUUCUAAGCCGCUAAGCCUUUAAUAGCCUUUUAGCAGCUAAUCCGCUAAGCCGCUAAGCCUUUAAUAGCCGCUAAUAGCGCUAAUCCGCUAAGCCGCUAAUAGGGUUGCUUCGCAAGACGAAAAAACCGCUAGACGAAGAUACUCGCGGAACGGAUUAAUUUCGUCUUGCGAGGCACCACUGUAGUUAUUUUAAACCUCAUCAUUUCAGAGGCAGUUUGAAUAAGGUUUGAAUUCACAUGAUUGGCCAAGUCAUCCAGUUUCCUCUUAGAGUUAGUAGAAUCCGCAAUGUGUGGGGCACGAAUGGUAAAAAUUAAUAGGAAUUAAUAUACAAACUCAAAGCCGUCUUGGUUAGAGGUUCCCUUUCACUCAAGAGCAUUUAAAUAAUCUCUACCUUCAAAGUAUACAAAAAACUGCCCACCCAAAGCAAAACCCCAUGAAGAAAUUGACUGUUUUUCCUUGCAGAAUUCACACCUUUUAUUGCAGGGUUCCUACUCCUCUGAUGGGCAGAAAUAAGUUCAACAGAUUUUAAAAGACACAGGAGUGUAAUUUAACUAUCACUCACCUGUUCUGUUUUCAAAAGUGUCCUGCUCUCUUCUCCAAGAAGGUAAACAAAAACAGUUUCAAAGAUAUUUUGUCGAGGAAAGGUUUGCAUAUCUCUGAAAACUGAUAAAUAUAGCUCUCCAACAUGUAGCAGUACUUAAAUAGUAAUGAAAUUAGGUAGGACCAUGAAAAUCGCACCCCCCCAACCAGAACUUCUGAAUCAUGUGCAUGCACUUCAGCAAACAUUUUCAUUGAUGGGUCUUACAUUCAUUGUAUGCAUUGUAGUGCUAAUCUUUUACUGGAUUUCAGGGACCAGAGAAAGACGUUCCAGGUGUAUGUGGAGAACAAGUUCAACGAAUGGCUAGUCCAGACAGGCAGUCGCCAACAACUUGACAGCCUGGUGCUUCCUGCUGCAGGUUCUAAGCAGGCAGCAGGAUAGGAGAGCUUUUGAAGUACAAAGUUAUUUGGUGAGUCCGGAGGCCAUGUUCUCUUCUGCAAUUGCGAAAAGCUUGUAUAUUGUCUUUCACACAUUACAAACUAGAAUUGCUCAGAUGGAUCACUUCACAGGUCCAGAUAGUCUGGCACCCCUUUACCUGUGGAGGAUGUUCCUUAAAACUAAACAGUUUGUCUCCUUUGUUUCCUUCUCUUUCUCUCCCCACUCCCCUGGCAGACUCUGUUUCUUCCUCAGUUUGGGGAGGGAUGUUGUCUUAAUUAAUUAAUUAAUUAAUUUAAUUAGUUUACUAAAAUUUAGAUACCUCUUGAUCGUAGAAAAAACAUUAAAGCGGUUUAGUUUGAACUGAAGAGGCAGUCAGAGGCUUUGCUGGUUUGGUGCAGUUCGAAAACUCAGCAAGAAUGCAUUGUCCAUUUCCAUGAGGGAGAAGGUCAGAGGCUCUUCUUUGCAAGUACUGAGCAUCAGAUUAUGGUUGUGCAAAUAUUACUGUUUACUUCAGCUCCAGUGCACUCCCACUGCUGGUGUUUUGUUUUUGUUUGUUUUUAAAGCGUUUAUUAAUUUUCCAAUAAAAACAUCCAAUUAACAUAUCAAAUCAAAUCCAAUAAAAAUAAAAAACUGAAAUAAAAAAAGUCCAAUUGUCUUCCAAAUUGUAAUAAUUUUUGUUUUGGCUUCCCACGGUCUGAAUUCCGAAGCGCUUUCAACAUCAUAGUCCUGCCUCUCAUCAUCCUCAAUGUUUUUCAUAAUUCCAUAUCCGAUUUUUUCCUCCACGUUUUGACUCUGGUUCUGCGAUCCUCAUUCAUGUCAGAAAACAGAUAUUUUUUUUUCCUAUGGAGUGCAGAUUUGUCCGUAUAUUGUACUCUUUCAGCUGUUUUGGUUUUUUCAUCGCACCGCUUCAUUUAAUUGCAUCCAAUUUCAAAGUUCUGUCCAGCUCUUUGAGAAUUGUUAUUUUGGCAGCUCCCAAAUCGUUGAUCUUUCCCGUCCAGGUGUUAUCAAAGAAACAGAGAGAAACUGCCUUCUUUAUUCAUAAGCAGACUGUUUGCAAUGUAGCCAUAUAUCAGACAGUUAACAAUUGGCCUUUGGAAUCCACCCAAUCCCCCCUCCGGGCCCUAGAGGGGGGCUGCCAGACAUCCAUUUAGCCCUCUCUCUCUCGCUCAUAAUAAAAAACACCUUUUUGCAAACAGUUGUAUUUAUAAUAUUGUUUCCAGUCUUUAUAACCAACCAUCAGUUAGCUCCUGUUUCUCUUAAUCAGGGAAGUAUUUCAGAUAUUCCAUAAGUGCAUGGUGGGUAGAUUUUGUCCUUUGUUCUUUGUUUUCGUCUUUAACAGGCAUUUCAAAUCUUAGAAGAAAAGCGGCUGCGAAUAGGUCCCAAUUAUAUAUGAAAGUCCAUCUGUACUCACUUUUUGAAGAGCAAUUUAGGUUCUUAAUGAGGCUUGGCAUGCAGUACGAAUUGUUAAUGUUAGAGGGAGAAGAAAAAAACAUACCAAGCCCCUCCAGAUUCCAAACAUCAUGAUGAGGAUCUCUUUGAAGUUCGAUCUUUUGCACCAGAGACUGUACAUACUGCAGGUUUUUCCCCAGCUUCGUCAGUUCAGAGCGUGUCUGUUUGUUUUCCAAAUCUUUAUAUUUUCCCAAACAGAUGUGUCCGGCUAUGGGGUGGCGUCGCAGGAGUGUCAGUCCGUCCCUUUCUCCGUGACCCAGUGCCCCUGCUGUCUGCCACAUCGGCAAUCUGGGGCAAACCGCGGGUCGUCGAGACAGUCCUCCCCUGCCCUGGGGAGGCUGCCAGGGCUAAUUACCCCCAUAUCAGCCCUGAAUUAUCGGAACGGCUGAGGUCCGAUCGUGUGGGAUCCGCCAUUUUCCACCGCUGGAAACAGGAAGUGCCCACUGCUGCUUUUUGAAGCAGAGUACACAUGAUGUCACCCGCAAUUGAUACGUAUUCUCUGGUUUCUUGAGAAAUCAUGUUGCUUUAUGUGUUUUCCCUCAAACCAGUUUUUAUCUGGUUUGAACAUAUAAGGUACAGCUAAGCUGAAGUGUGCGCAUUUUACACAUGUGCAGAUGAUGGCUUCAUUGAAUAGAAUUGGUUUUGUGUGUGCAAACAAAUUAGGUAAAGGUGUGUAUAGCAACAUAAAAAUGCAGCUUGAAACACUGUGUGUGGAGGGGUCGAGGAAUGACCUUAACUGCGUUCCAGGCUGCUAAUGUGUACACGCUGAAAGCUCUGCCAUUAUGUGAAGCUUCUGAAUGCCUCUAAAGACCAGUGAGAGGUCCAAGAUGAACCACUGCUCAUGUCUCACUGUGAACUUGAACAGGUAUCCAAAAUAUGCUUUCCACUGGUUGUUCUUUCCUGAAGCCUAAGUCUUUGCAUCAUCUCCCUCCUCAGCUUCUAACUCAUUUUACUCCAUGUUCCUUGUAUUUCCAUUUAAAGCACUGUGUCAUUCGUUAUACUGGUUCUCUCCAUUUCUUUUCUGUCAUAUUCUGCGCAAGCUCUCCUGUUUGUUCUUUUAAUCCCAUCUUCAGAAUAUCCACUCUGUGCUCAAAACAACCUAGCUCUUGUUCUCUGUCAUGCUGCUACCUUUUGCCUUUUAAAACAUACUGCUUCAACAGAGUCUUAGUGACUUAUUUAGUUCCUAGUUAACUGUUCUCUAUCUCAGUGUCACUAAAGCUGUAAGGUCAGACAUGGCCAAACUUGGCCCUCUAGCUGUUUUGGGACUACAACUCCCAGCUAACAGGACCAGUGGUCAGGGAUGAUGGGAACUGUAGUCCCAAAACAGCUGGAGGGCCAAGUUUGGCCAUGCCUGUAUAAGGUCAUUCCAUCUCUUUAGUAUUCUCCACAGCACCGAUAUAAAGCAAAUGCUUUAUAUGUGUAGUAUUGGUAUUUGACUAAGCUUCUGAUACUUUUAUUUCAUUCUUGUGGCAGUUGUAUAGUGGUGGUGAACUAAACUUGAAUUUUACCCACAUGAUGACGUUUUUGUAGUGGAGUGUGUGUGUGUACAUGCAAGAGAGUGAGAGAGUGUGAUGCCAGCUAAUAAUUGCUGUGUAGUCAGAAAGCAAUGGGAUUGUUGUUGUUUUGUAAAGAAGCAAUGGGAUUGUUGAUUGCUGCAUUCAACAAAUACAAUCUGUUUAUCUGCUUUGUUACAGCUCUAGAGAUGAACUUUGCAAAACUGAAAGUGUUUUUACUGCAAUAAACUGGAGCCAAGCUGAUUAAAACUCUUAUGGCAUUGCUAAUGAAUUUGGAAACUUGAAUUUGCUUUGUUUAUUGUCAAGGCGAGGAUCAACUUUCUCUCCCUGUUACAGCUGUCAUAGUAUCUCCCUUCGUUCUACACCUUUCUCAGACAGCCAGUAUCUAUAGAAAACAAGCCAAGACUUUGCUGUUAACAUGUCUAUCUAUGGCUGAAAUGAAAUUUAUGUAUAAAGGUACCGUGAAAAGGACUUUUACUUUCCUGGUGUGAAGAUAGGAAUAAGGUUCUGGCUGCUGAAUGAACCUUUUCACUUCUAUUAACUAAAUUUGUAUUGUAUAAAACACACAGAUGUAUUUUUAUACCAAUUGUUUAACACUUCAACUAUGAAAUUUGAUUAAAUUCACGUGAUUUCUUUUGUUUCUUUUUCUACUUUUCCGUAUUUUAAUUAAAAAUGACCUUUUUCAGUAUUGUCAUUAUACAACAUAAUAAGGGUCAGGUGAAAGGCACCGUUUUUCCUCUUUAAAAAAACCCACUGGUAUCCUGCUCAGUCCCCUGCUCCCUUAAAAUACUUUACAGAUAGAGCAUUCUCAUCUGAAACAUUCAUCUCACUCCAAAGAUGGAUAUACACAAUGUGAAUCCAUAAGAUGUACUGACUUACCUUGCUUUUUCUGAAGACACACUUAGGUAGGACAGUGAAUUAGCCCAGGCAAAGGUUUUUCGAAAUGGGAAGGUAAGGAAGUAAAAUAACUUGUGUCUAAGUCAUCUAUGACAACUGUAGGCAUAACAAUUUUGAACAAAAGUUGUUCAAUUAUAAAAAGUUAGUGGUUCAAGAUAUCUCCUGUUGCACCUUGUUAAAAGGAAAAAAAGUCAUUUUGCCUGCAAUCCUAUAUAUAUAUAUUUACUUAGGAGUAAAUUCUAUUAAACUUAUUUUAAGGCUUAUUUCUGAGUAGAGCUGCAUAUUUCUCCCCUUCUACUCACAUUUUGCAACUUUUCUGUCAUUCUGUGUAUAAAAGUGGAGGCAGAGGGAUUGUUUGUGUACUUGGUGUUGGCUAAAUUUGAAUGCUAACAUGGAUGACAAAGUUAAAAUCCAUCCUUUCUGAAAUCAUGGUGGUUUUUCUAAUUAACUGAAACUAUAUAGCUCUUGUAUGCAGUGGGAAAAAAUAUUCAAGGGAAUCAGGGUUUUAACAUGGAUGUCUUUCACAUCAUCAAACCCCAGAAGUGCUUUGUUAUGCUUCUCAUCUAUAAUGACUUCAAAGCAUGCACGCCUAAUUGGUCUAAUACUACAAAUGUCAGCUCUCAUUAAUACUCUGGAUUCAUAGUGCAACGAGAGCCAUCUUAAAAUUUUCCAUUUACAAAGUCACAUUUUCUUUCAAGCAGCAGAAACUCCCAGUUGAAUAACUCUUCAUUUUUAUGGAAGAAGACUGAAAUGUAAGUUUCUAGGUUCAAUUGUUGCAGAAUUAAUGUCAGAAACCAUGAUAAUAGUACACUAAAAGCUCAAACAUACUGAAGAGGAGCACACACAGAUCAAAUGUCACAUUAUUCCUAAACCCAUUUCAUGUUUUUAAGAAUUAAUAUUCAAAUGUAUACCUCAAAAAUUACAUGUUGCAUAUAUUAUAGAUUUUGGAAAGAAGCCUGCCACAGAUUGCAGUUCGCUACUUUCAAAACAGUUCUAUUUAUCGCUCUGGUGAACAAAGCAUUUCCAAUAAUAUGUUUGUUCAGAUUUCUUUAUCCUGAAAACUUGGGAGUAGGCUGCUGUAACGUAAAAUGAACAAAAUAAAAAAAUGCCCCAAUCCUGUUCUAUACACUGC